CUUCAAUGCGAGGCAGAACGCUGCUCAAGUGCAGGCGAACAGCUGUGGGAUACACUGCGGCGUCGCACACACAGUCGCUUCAGUUCCGUGUGACGACGUAAGACGCCGAGCGAGUGAAAGGGCGCUCGCUUUCACAGGAGAAAGCAAAGCCAGCGAGGGCAGACGACAACAAACCACAGGGAGUGGUCGGGAUCCGUUUGACCGAGGUCUGAAUAACGGAGGAUGUACUACACUCGUCGGUCCGUUAGUUAGAGACUCAAGACUAGAGGACCGCGCUGGAUACAAGCCCUUCUGCCACCCCGCAUUCCCACAAGGCUUCCAGGCGAGCGGACGGAGCUUGCAGCACGAAUGAUCAACAACAUUGCAUUCCUCCGCAUAUAGAACCCUCCAAGUCUUGUUGAAGGGGACACGACACCCUCCAGGACAAGGAUGGAGUCACCAUGGAAACCACUUCUUCUCCUGUCAGUCAUCAGUGGCCUCUCAGAACUCUCCAGAGCGCAGGCGGGGGUCCCUGCAUCGCACGGGGCGGAGCUGGGGAUUGGGACGGACAGCUCGCCCCCGGCCCAGACCUCCGGGACCGGACCCGGGCCCCAUCGCGGAGCGGCGCCCUUAGAGCCCGGCGGAUGGGCCCCGCCCCUCACCUCCCCUCACCUGGAGCCCCUCGGGCUGUGGGGGUCCCAGGAGGACCGCGGGAGCGAAGAGAAUGUGCGGGUUGGACCCAUGUUUCUCCAGGAGCCUGAUGACAGCAUCUUCCCCCUGGAGUCCGAAGAGAAGAAAGUUACCAUGAUCUGUGAAGCCAGAGGAAACCCUUCUCCCACAUACAGAUGGAUGUUCAACGGGACCGAGCUGGACGUGCGGAGCGACUUCCGGUACACGCAGAUCGAGGGCAGCCUGGUCAUCUCCACGCCCAGCGAAGCCAGGGAUUCUGGGAGGUACCAGUGCACGGCCAGCAACACGUUCGGCACCAUCCUGAGCAGGGAGGCCCUGCUCCAGUUCGCCUAUCUGGGGAACUUCAGCACCAGAGCGAGAGGCGGUGUGUCAGUACGGGAAGGCCAGGGAGUGGUCCUCAUGUGUACCCCUCCGCCCCACUCCCCAGAGAUCACAUACAGCUGGGUGUUUAACGAGUUCCCCUCGUUCGUGGUUGAAGACAGCAGGCGCUUCAUCUCCCAGGAGACGGGGAACCUGUACAUCUCCAAGGUGCAGCCGUCAGACGUGGGCAGCUACAUCUGCCUGGUGAAGAACCCGGUGACCAACGCCCGGGUGCUCAGCCUGCCCACACCGCUGACUCUGAACACAGACGGGGUAAUGGGCGAAUACGAGCCGAAGAUUGAGGUGCACUUUCCUCCCACGGUAAUGGCUGCCAAAGGAGUGACCGUCAGGCUGGAGUGCUUCGCUCUGGGAAACCCUGUCCCCACCAUCACCUGGAGGAAACUCAACGGGAACAUCCCGAAAAAAGCCCGGCUGCGUAAGUCCCAGGCCGUCCUGGAGAUUCCCAACAUCCAGCUGGAAGAUUCCGGGAGCUACGAGUGCAAAGCGGAGAAUCCCAGAGGCGGGAACGCUUUCCGGGGACAGCUGCAGGUCUACACCUUUCCUCAGUGGAUCAGCAGGAUUAAUGACACGCAGCUGGACAGUACUGAGGAGCUGCAGUGGGAGUGCAGGGCCACGGGGAAGCCCCGGCCCACCUACCGCUGGCUGCGCAACGGCGCCCCCAUCCCCCCGGAGGGAAGAGUGACAUUCAUGGGCCUGACAAUGUCCAUCAGCAACCUGCGGCUGGAAGACUCCGGGAUGUACCAGUGCAUCGCGGAGAACAAAUACGGAGCCAUUUACUCCAACGCUCAGCUCUCUGUCCUAGCGUCCGUGCCUGUCUUCCCCCCCAGUCCCGCACGUGUCAUCGCCACCGUGGGGAAGGACGUGUCCCUGGAGUGCAAGCCCCGCGCCUCGCCCAAACCCCGCAUCACCUGGAGGAGAGGGGACCGCAGGAUGCAGCCCAGCAAGAGGAUCUCGCUGUUGAACAGCACCCUUCGGAUUCUGAACUCCAGCCGUGGGGACGAGGGGAACUAUGUCUGCCGAGCAGAAAACCAGUUUGGGAUGGCAGAGAUGACCACUACCCUGUGGGUGAAAGAGCCGAUGACUGUGGAGCUGAGCCCAGCCCGGGUGGAGGUGACGGUGGGGGAGAGCGUGGUGCUCAGCUGCAAGGCCAAACACGACCCUUCCCUGGACGUGGCCUUCCUGUGGCUCCUCAACCAGCAGCCUCUCAGCUUCAACCAGGAGGGCGGCCAUUUUGAGUUCAUACAAACACAGUCCUCCACGGCCGACCUGAUGAUCAGGAACAUCCUCCUGAAGCAUGCUGGGAAGUACGGCUGCCGGGCCCAGACCAGCGCCGACAGCGUGUACGUGGAGGCGGAGCUUCUGGUUCGAGGACCCCCAGGCCCUCCCGGUGUGGUGAUUGUGGAGGAGAUCACGGACUCCACGGCGACGCUGUCCUGGAGCCGAGGGGUGGACAAUCACAGCCCCAUCAGUGCCUACAACCUGCAGGCGCGCAGCCCUUUCUCCCUGGGCUGGCAGACCGUCCGGACAGACCCCAGUCAUGUGACGGGGGACAUGGAGUCAGCCAUGGCGGUGGUGCUGAACCCUUGGGUGGAGUACGAGUUUCGGGUGGUGGCCACCAACGCUAUUGGGACGGGGGACCCCAGCACCCCUUCCAGAGUGGUCCGGACCAAGGAAGCAGUUCCCUCAGUGGCUCCCGCCAACGUGAGUGGAGGAAAUGGCCGCCGGCACGAGCUGGUGAUCUCCUGGGAGCCAGUGUCUGAGGAAUUCCAGAACGGGGAGGGCUUUGGCUACAUCGUGGCCUUCCGGGCCAAUGGGACGAGAGGCUGGAAGGAGAAGAUGGUGACAUCAGCCGACUCCACCACCUUCAAGUACCGCGACGAGACCUUCCCGCCCCUCACCCCCUUCGAGGUCAAAGUGGGGGGCUACAACAACAAGGGCGACGGACCGUUCAGCAAAGUGGUCACCGUCUACUCCGCCGAAGGAGAGCCCCGUGAGCCCCCGUCUGGGGUGACCGCUGCCAGCCCGUCUGCUUCUGAGAUCCUGGUGCGAUGGAGCCCCCCUAGCCCUGGGCCUGGAAGACCUGGGGGAUAUGAGGUGAGCUACUGGAAGGACACGGAUCAGGAGGAGUCCAGCCAGAAGAUGAGGACUCCAGGAAACGAGACGUCCGUCCUGCUGAGCGGUCUGGAGGGAAACAGCCUCUACCUCAUCAGCGUCCGAGGCUACAACAGCAUCGGCCAGGGUCCCCCCAGCACCGUCGUCCAGGCCUGGACCAAAAAAUCCCCUCCCAGCCAGCCCCCCUCCAACCUCAUGUGGAUUCAGGAGGGCAACAACGUGUCUCUGUCCUGGGAGGCCGUGCGGGCCAUGGAGAACGAGUCAGAGGUGACAGGCUAUAAGGUGUCCUUGCGGCAAGAGGGGCGGAGUCACAGUCAGGUGAUCCGGACACAGAACCCGUCGGCCGUGCUGUCUCUGCCGGAGGGGGGCACCUACAUCAUCGAGGUGCAGGCCCUGAGCGAGGGGGGGGAGGGGGCGGCCGGAACCCCUGUCAGAGUGCUCACCUCCUCAGGGGUCCGGGCGAAGAAUGGUCAACAGUCUGUGAACAGCCAAUCCUGGGCCGCGAUAUGGACGUCGCUGCUAUUGGCUCCGCUCGUGCCUUUAGCGCCCUGGUGAUGUCAGCGCUCCGACCCCGCCCACCGGGCGGGACCACGACGUCCCUCUCUCGGACUGCCACUUCCUUUACCGGGCCUUACCUAUCCCAAAAGGCCACAGGCCAGCCACAAAAAAAAAGGGGGGGGGAGGUGGGGGGCACCUUUUUUUCACCCCAAGACGAUAUGUUAAAAUAUGCAUUACUUCAUUAUUACUUUAUGUUUUAAUGUUUAUGUUUUUUCCCAGGUCUUUCCAAUAUCAUUGUAGCAUUGUAUUUUGUGAGGAAAGAGGCGGUGUAAUCUUUCCAAGCGGCGGUUUUUAUGGCGGCAGUCGCCCGCUAGACUGGGGCCAGCUAGUUUUCCGGAAGGUUCCGGAGCCGGGAGAGUGCGGCUCUUUUAGUCGGUGGAGUGUCCAUUCCCCCCCCUGUGGCUGGCUGUCUGACGGAGCAGCGAGAGCUCGUUAGAAAUAAGUGCAUUGUUUUCUUAUUCGCUCACACACACUCGCUCACACACACACACACACACACACACGCACACAAACACAAAGGUUUUUUAUAGUAUGGAGAGUGUUACUAUUUCCAAACCUGCUUUUUGUACGUUGUGUUAUCAUUAGAAAAAAGUGGUGUGUGUCGGCUAUGUCAAGGUUUCCGUUCUUGUUAGUUUUUCGGCGGCGGCGAUGCUCGGCGAAGCGGGGCGGGGGACAGCCGCAGGUGACCGUUUGGCGGUGACAGGCUUUCACCCGCGGCGUCCUGGCGCAUCAUUAAACAACGGCAAAAACACCUCUGUGAUGGCUCUCAUGGUGGCAAUGCAAAAUAAAUGUGAUGUAUAUUUUUAA